UUGUCUUCUGUAACGGUUAACUACUUGCUUUUUCUAAAAUAGUGGAGAAUUACUCAUUAUUAGCUGAAUAUGACUGCAACAACGAUAAAAAACGAAGUGGAAGAACUCGAAGCGAAAAUAAUCAGCCACGAAGCCUACGGAAAUCCAUAUUAUAAAUGGUCACCACGCGAUUUUGAGCUGGGUUCCGGAUUGGGUCGAGGCAAAUUUGGACAUGUACACGUCGCCAGAGAAAAGAAAACUGGGUAUCUCGUUGCUAUCAAGGCUCUAUUCAAGUCGCAGAUAUCCAAGUCUAAGUGUGAACGGCAAGUGUUAAGAGAGAUUGAGAUUCAGUCUCAUUUAAAACACCCAAAUAUUCUACGACUGCUCACAUGGUUCCAUGAUGAAAGACGCAUAUAUUUAGUAGUGGAGUUUGCAGCUGGUGGUGAACUGUACAAACACUUGACAAAUUCACCUAAAGGCCGUUUCCCUGAACCUAGAGCUGCCAAAUAUAUAUAUCAGGUUGCAGAUGCAGUGGAAUAUUGUCAUCAGCACCAUGUUAUACACCGAGAUAUAAAGCCAGAAAAUAUAUUGGUUGCAUUUAAUGGUGAUCUCAAAUUGGCCGAUUUUGGUUGGUCAGUGCAUGCACCAUCGGAAAGGCGCAAAACAAUGUGUGGCACUCUUGAUUAUCUACCUCCAGAGAUGGUGAAGAGGGAAGUGUAUGACGUCACCGUAGACCACUGGUGUAUCGGAGUGUUGUUAUAUGAAUUUUUAGUUGGUAAACCCCCUUUUGAAAGUGAGGGCCAGGACAAGACUUACCAAAGAAUCAUCAUGUUAGACAUGACCUACCCUAGUCAUGUACCAGAAGGAGCCAAAGAUCUUAUCUCGAAGCUUCUCCGACCAUCAAGCAAAGAGAGAUUAUCAUUGGACAGUGUCAAGAAACACUACUGGGUGCAACAAUUUUAUAACACCGCAUCAUAACAUUUAAUCUUAUUUAAGUUAGUAUUAGAAUUUUGUUUUAUUUCCCUAAUUAUUAUUAUUAAAUCAAUACACAUAUCUAAAUUUCAUAUUUUUAUUGAUUAUAUAAUAUAUUUUCAAUCACAGAUCGUAACCAAACUUUUUAAUCCACUUAAGUCCAUCUUUGCUAUUGUUAGCUGGUUUGUACUCUAGUCCGAUCCAAUCGUUGUAUCCAUGGUUAUCCAAUUGCUUUAGUACAUAUUCAUAAUUUAUCUCGCCGGGAGUAUCGGGCUCAUUUCUAUUAGGUACUUGAGCUAU